AUGUUCUGGAAGUUUGAUUUAAAUACUGCAUCCCAUGUUGACAAGCUAUUGGACAAGGAACAUGUGACACUACAGGAGUUAAUGGAUGAAGAUGACAUCUUGCAGGAGUGUAAGGCUCAGAACCGGAAGCUGCUGGACUUCUUGUGCAGGCAGCAGUGUAUGGAGCAGCUGGUGAGCCUCAUCACACAGGACCCACCCCUGGACAUGGAAGAGAAGGUCCGCUUCAAAUACCCAAACACAGCCUGUGAGCUUCUGACUUGUGAUGUGCCACAGAUCAGCGACAGACUAGGCGGGGACGAGAGCCUGCUGAGCCUUCUAUAUGACUUCUUGGACCGCGAGCCACCUCUCAAUCCUCUGCUUGCCAGUUUUUUCAGCAAGACCAUUGGCAACCUCAUUGCAAGAAAAACCGAACAGGUGAUUAUGUUCUUGAAGAAGAAGGACAAGUUCAUCAGCCUAGUUUUGACGCACAUCGGCACCUCAGCCCUUAUGGACCUGCUGUUGCGCCUGGUUAGCUGUGUGGAGCCAGCAGGGCUUCGGCAGGAGGUCCUGCACUGGCUUAAUGAGGAGAAGAUCAUUCAGAGACUGGUGGAAUUGAUCCAUCCAAGCCAGGAUGAAGAUAGGCAGUCGAACGCAUCUCAGACUCUCUGUGACAUCAUCAGACUGGGCAGAGACCAGAGUAAUCAGCUGCAAGAGGCUCCGGAGUCAGACCCUCUCCUCACAGUGCUGGAGUCGCAGGGCUGUGUGGAGCAGCUUCUAAAGAACAUGUUUGAUGGAGACCAGACCGAGAGCUGCCUCGUCAGUGGAACUCAGGUGUUACUCACCUUGCUGGAAACAAGGCGGGCAGGGACAGAGGGCUUGGUGGACUCAUUUUCUCAGGGACUGGAAAGGUCAUACACUGUCAGCAGCAGCGUGCUGCAUGGCAUUGAGCCACGGCUAAAGGACUUCCACCAGCUCUUGCUCAGCCCACCAAAGAAGAAAGCGAUCCUGACCACCAUCGGCGUGCUGGAGGAGCCCCUGGGGAAUGCCCGUCUGCAUGGUGCCCGCCUCAUGGCUGCACUACUGCACACGAACACACCCAGCAUCAACCAAGAGCUCUGCCGGCUCAACACCAUGGACUUGCUGCUGGACUUAUUUUUUAAGUACACCUGGAAUAACUUUUUACACUUCCAAGUGGAACUAUGCAUAGCCGCUAUACUCUCCCACGCUGCCCGGGAGGAGAGGGCAGAAGCCGGUGGACCUGAGAGCAGGGUGGAGCCUCCGCAUGGCAACGGGAACGGGAACAGGAGCACAGAGGCCCCGCCUGCUGCUGCCCCCCCGGAGAACAUAAUGGUGACCCACCUGUUCCAGAAGUGCUGUUUGGUACAGAGGAUCCUGGAGGCCUGGGAAGCCAACGACCGCACACAGGCAGCAGGUGGCAUGAGACGUGGGAACAUGGGCCACCUCACGCGGAUCGCCAAUGCAGUGGUGCAGAACCUGGAGCGGGGCCCCAUGCAGACCCACAUCAGCGAGGUCAUCCGAGGGCUCCCUGCAGAUUGCCGAGGGCGCUGGGAGAGCUUCGUGGAGGAGACACUGACAGAGACUAACCGCAAGAACACUGUGGACCUGGUGAGCACUCACCACCUUCCCUCCUCGAGUGAGGACGAGGACAUUGAGGGUGCUUUCCCUAACGAGCUGUCCCUGCAGCAGGCUUUCUCCGAGUAUCAGAUUCAGCAGAUGACAGCCAAUUUCGUGGAUCAGUUUGGCUUCAAUGAUGAGGAGUUUGCAGACCAGGACGACAAUAUCAAUGCUCCAUUUGACAGGGUUGCAGAGAUUAACUUCAACAUCGAUGCUGAUGAGGACAGUCCCAGCACUGCUCUGUUUGAGGCCUGCUGCAGUGACCGCAUCCAGCCCUUUGAUGAUGAGGAGGAGGAUGACAUCUGGCAGGGCAAGGAGGUGCACUGCGCCACCCGGGGGACAGCCAGAGCCAGGUUUGGAGCUCCCCAUGUCUCAGAGAGCCACUCCAUUGACCUGGAACACAGAGGCCGGAAUGGGAAGACGGGCUCAGAAACAGACAGAGACACAUCUAGGGAGGGGACCCCCCCAGCCCCUGUGAAGAAUGAAGUCCUCCCUAUGGAGGGAGAAUCAGAAGGCACUGCAUGGAUGGCGGUGUUUGAUGAGCCAGGGAACAUCACGGCUGCAACCCCAAGAGUGGCCAAGGAUGUGGGUUCCAGUGUGUGGGCGGCCAGUGCUACAGCUCCGGAGGAGAAAGGCUGGGCCAAGUUCACGGACUUUCAGCCUUUCUGCUGCUCUGAGUCACGGCCCAGGUGCAGCUCUCCUGUGGACAUUGAACGCAGCCAUGCUGAGGAUGGCCAGAGCCAGGGCUCAGAGAAGGCCUUCGGCCCAGCCUCCCCGUGUGCCUGGAAUGUGUGUGUCACCAGGAAGGCCCCCCUGGUGGCCUCAGACAGCAGCUCCUCCGGGGGUUCCGACAGUGAGGAGGAUGAGCAGAAAGCAGCCAGCACCUUGGAAGCUGUGAGCAGGGGUCCCGGCCGGGAGACCCCUCUGCUGCCCAGGACAGUGGAAGCUGUUGUUGGCAGGGCCGACCAUACUGACAGCAGGCAGCCAGACCCUGUGUGCCCAGCACCCGCAGAAGUGAACACUGCCCUGGCCAUGGCUACCACCACAACACUGAGCAAGGCUGGCUCUCCUGUGCCAGCAGCAUCUGCGAUGGCCGUGGAAGUCCCCCCAGGGCCCAUCAUGGCGGUCACUACAGCAGCUCCAGCCAUAGUGGCUG